UUCAUCUUCUUCGCUUGAAAACGAUUAACUGUUGAUUCAAAAAAAAUUCAUCGUCGAAUAAAUUCAUUGUAUAAGCCAUGGUGAAGACAAAGGAAAAGUCAGGAUCGAAUCCGAAACAACCUCCUCCUGAAUCAGAAGAACCAAAUUCAUCAAGUGAAGAUGAAAAUGAAGAUCAAGAAGAAGUGAAUGAAGGAGAUAAACCAGCCGCCGAGACUCCUGAUAUGACUGCAAUAAGAGGAAAUGAAAGGAGAAAGAAAAUAUCACAAGGAGUAACACGUUGUAAUGUCCCGACUCCACAACCUAAUCACACAAAACCGUUGGGUGCAAAUGCAAGGAAUGCAAGUGGAGUUGUCACUGGUGGGGGUAAUGAAGGUGGAGUUGCCACUGGUGGAGGAAAUAAAGGUGGAGUUGCCACUGGUGGAGGAAGUGAAGCUGGAGUUGCCACUGGUGGAGGAACUGAUGGUGGAGUUGUCACUGGUGGAGGAAAUGAAGGUACAAUUGUGGUUGUUGAAAUAAGUGUUGAUGCUGCUAAUGAUAAGGGUAAAGCCGUAGUGGUGGAGGAGGAGAAGAGAGAGAAGAAUAAGUAUCCACCAAAAGACUCAGCAAGAAAAAUCAUUGAUGCUAUGGAGUUUUUACCUUCCAAGAAGAAUGAGAGACCUUGGGGUGAGCCAAGAGAUCGAUCCAUCUUGUUUUGUUACCGGUCAUCGUGGGCUGCUAGGGUUUGUGCCGCAAAGUUUCCCGAUAAAGCUGUCCCUAAACUAAAGCACCAGCAAGGAAAGUUUUGGUCGUUGGAUAAAAAGCAUCCAGAUGUGGUAGCCUUGGUAAAAGCUUCAACGUUAUGGUCUGGAAUCGAGGCUUUGCAAAAGACCUAUGAUGUUGUAACUGUUUAUGGGUUUAGAGAAAGAUUCUGGCCUGAAACCAUGACGUUUCUAAUCUCAUUCGGCGAGAUGACUAUCACUCCAGAUGAUGCAAAGCAAAUUACCGGUCUUGCUUUGGAAGGAAAAGCUGUAUUUGAGGGUUACAACAAUUCUAUUCCUUUUGAAGAGCUUUAAGUCUUGGCGAAAGACUGUCUAGGGUGGAGCAAAAUUGAAGUGUAAGAAGAGUUUGAGAUAGGUGGUGGAGCCUUUCCUAUAGCUAAAAGGCCAUUCAGUGUACCGGGUGAACAUCAUGAAUCAAUUAAGAUUGCAAGGAAGAUUAACAUGGUUCGUCUGAGGGAAAAGUUUGAGGAUUCUGGCCCUAAGGCUGCUAGUGG